GUUUAUUCAUCAAGCAUUCAGGAGGAAUAAGAGGGAUGUCGCUAAAGAUGCGGGAGGCCACUGGGAUACCGGACGUGCCGGACGGCAGUUGGGAUGGCGCGGUGACUGGGGUAUCUCGCCAUAAUGGAUCUGAGCCGUGUGAGCUUCCGCCCCCACUCGAAGGCGUCAGCGAAUGACAGGCCGCACCAAAAGCGCCGCUCGGCCGUGUCGUAGGUGUCCAUGACCAGCUGGGUGAUCUGGCAGCCGACGUGGCGCCACAGCCGCUGGGGCAGCGCCGCCACCAAAUGAAGCGACACGAACGAGAAGACGUAGGCGACAACAACAGGCUGAGUGGACAACACACACCACACAGACAGAGAGGCGACAAUGAAGAUGUGACACUGUGUGCUUGUCAGUGGUUCGUUUGGUGGAUCCACUUACAAUCUGGCCGAAGUGAUGAGCAAAGGCCUCCAAAUCUAUGCUGUACGAUGGCGUGGCCUGCUGGUGCUGCUGGUGUUGCUGGUGUUGGCCAUCUGCGUCCACCAUGGCUUCCUCGUUGCCAUGCUCCUCUCCCUCGGCCGCCCGCCUCUGCCGCUUUGAUGCCGACUCACUCAU